AAAUUCAGUCCACCCUCUCUCUCACUCCAGCUUUUAAGUAAAAGUCCUAGUAACUUAUAAUUCAUUACUAGGACAUUUAUCCACUGGCACCCUAGAAAAUAUGAACCUUUACGGUGAUCAAAUGGGUUUGAUUGCUCAAUACUAUCCUGAAAUUUACAGCCAAGUGGUCCAAGAAGAAGGUAUCGAGAAAACGCGGAAGAAGAGCCGACGAAAGAAGAGCAAAGGUAAGUGCGGAAACGGAAGUGAGGCGGCCGGGAAGAGGAAGUUAAGCCAAGAACAAGUGAAUCUGUUGGAGACGAGUUUUGAAAAUGAGCAGAAGUUGGAGUCUGAAAGGAAGGAGAAAAUUGCAUCUGAACUCGGACUCGACCCCCGCCAGGUUGCAGUUUGGUUUCAGAAUCGACGGGCUCGGUGGAAGAGCAAGAAAUUGGAGGAAGAGUACUCUAAAUUGAAGGCCAAACAUGACUGCACUGUGGUAGAGAAAUGUAGGCUCGAGAACGAGGUAUUAACGCUGAAGGAACAAGUUUCUGAAGCUGAAAAGGAGAUACAAAGACUACUUGAACGUGGAGAUGGAUUUUCAAGCAUCAACAGUCCAAGUUCAUCGUUUUCAAUGGAGCUUUUGGAGCCAACUUUUUUGGGAGGAUUUGGAAUGGAGGGAUUAGAAAAUGUCCUUUACGUACCACAAAAUGAUUAUAUAAAUGGGUUGGAAUGGGUUAAAGUCUAUGAUAUGUAAUUAAAUAAUUUAUUAGUAAAUUAAGGGCAUUUGAUAUGUAGAUAAUGACCAAUGAAUGUACAUAUUUUCUCCCUGAUUUCUGGUUA